AUGCAAACCUAUCCUCCAUACUAUCUACCCCCAGACAAGACAUUUGCAAUGGACGUGGUCACCGAGGCUUGCAGGCAGAGCGACACUAGUUUUGUCGUGUGGAUGAGGCACUUGGAGAAGAACAAAACUCAUGAACUGGCAGCUCGACUUGCCUUUCAGCACCUUCGCCGAGAACCAGUCAGUGCCGCGUAUUACUCGCAGGGUUCCUUCAAUCGCUGUUAUCGAGUCAAGUUCAAGCAUGGGCCGGAUGUGCUCGUCAGGUUCCCGGCGCUUGGAAGGUCGAUGUUUCGUCAAGAAAAACUCGAGGAUGAGGUCGCUGUGAUGGAAUAUAUCGCAAACAAUACAUCAAUCCCAAUCCCUCGCGUCUUUGGGCAUGGCAAGUCUGCGGUUGGCCCGUAUAUGAUAAUAGAAUUUGUUGAAGGGAGGAUAUUAUCUGAGUAUCUCAGAGCCUCGCAAGACCCUAAAGUGCCGUCGGCCUUGAAGUUAGACCUUGACCUCGCUCCCUUACGUCAGGCUUACCGUGGCAUGGCAGAUAUCCUGUUGGAGCUCUCUACAUGUCGGUUUCCAGCAAUCGGUGGCCUUGUUCAGGAUGGCUCCGGGCGCUUCUCAGUGGGCAAACGGGCGAUGACUUUCAACAUGAAUGAAUUAGUCGGACUCGGAAAUUUCCCACCCAAAAGACUGUCUCAGCACCUUUUUUUAGACACGGCCACUUACCUUGUGUCUCUAGCAGAUGACCAUCUUCAUCACCUAGAAACACAGCGCAAUGAUGCGAUCAUGGACGCAGAGGAUUGCCAGAAGAAAUAUAUUGCACGCUGUCUAUUCCGUCAAAUUACUCUUCAAUUCUGCAACACGUACAAUAAUAGCUCUUUCCCACUAUUUUGUGACGACUUGCGCCCUUCUAAUAUACUUGUUGAUGAGGAGCUUCGAGUUCGCGCUGUGAUAGAUUGGGAAUUCUGCUAUGCCGCUCCAGCUGAAUUCACCUAUUGCUCUCCAUGGUGGCUGUUGCUAGCCCGUUCAGAAGCCUGGGAAACGGGCAUAGAUGAUUUCUUGAUUCACUAUACAUCUCGACAAAAGAUUUUCCUAGAGGUUCUAAGAGAUCGUGAGAAUGAGCGGACUGAGAAUGGCAUUGCUCCUGAGUCGCCGCGUCUCUCAGAUCGUAUGGCUCAGUCACUGGAGAACGGCAAUUUCUGGAUUUUCCUUGCAGCAACCUAUAGCUUUUCGUUCGAUGAUAUCUACUGGAAAUUCAUACAUCCAAAGUACUAUGGUCACUUUGAGUCUACUAAGGAUUUGAUAGAGCUGUUAAAUGAGGAGGAACAGGGCAAUAUCGAGAUCUUUACCCAUAGAAAGAUGCAACAGAUGAAGGAAGGCGAAUAUAAUGGUAUGCACACGAAGAGCCAAUGGUUGGACCAUCCCUGCCAGGAUGUUGUGCGUGCUGCCUGGGCUGCUGCUGCCUUAGAGGCUGAAAAUAUAUAUAUUACCUCUCAGACCAAAAACCUUCAACCCAAGCCCACCCACCAACCUGUUAACUCGGGAAAGGUCACUCCCAGUGCCUGUCUACGAAACAAACAAAUGUCGACAAAUAACGGCGCAGACCGUGCGAACGACGCCCGAGAUAGCUAUGGCUCACUUCUUGAUUAUUAUUUCGAGCGACCGGCAUCUAAGGAGCUCAUUAGAAUUGGUCUAAGAGCGGGCGAGGUUCCUUCACAAGCACAGGCCGAGGAUCUCCAAAGAGAGCUGGCGGCGGCUCUCCAGGCUCGAGAUAUCAUUGAUAAUCUUACUGCGGAGGAGAGAAAAUGUGGCAUUUAUUAG